AUGUGGCGGGACACAGCCACGCGCGGCUCUUCUUGCUACCAGUUAGCCAAAACCAAGCCCCAGUGUCGGAAACCUCCCCGUGUCUCCACGCCACAAGGUGCGCCUCAGCCCGGAGAGCUCCGCGUGCCUGAAGGCGGGAGAGCGCGGUGCCCGGCCCUUCGUCGUCCGCCGCGCCCUGGGCGCAGGGGAGUACCGCCUCGACACACCGCGAGGUCCUCGGAGACGCCCGGGAGGGCGGGGGAAGUCUCCAAGUUUGUGAGACGCGCGCGGCGGGACGGCACGUCGGGGCUUAGGAACAGCCCGCGGCCCGCGGUUCCGCGCGCCCCCAAGGCCAGGCGCGCGGACAGUACUGGGGUCUGCAGACCCGGUGGGGGCUCGGAUGCUGAAGCCCCGACCCACUUCUACCAUCGCAGUGGUCCCCGGGCCAUUAGACUCAGCCGAGCCGGGUCCUCGCGAGGAAAGGGCGUGUGGGGACCCCACGCCGCACCACCCCAGCCACCGCAAGCCCAGGGGAGGGGGGCUUCCCACAAUGCCCAGCGAGCUCCAGCCCUCACUUCCGCUGUCCGGCCACCCGCGGGGGGGCGGAUGAGAAACGUCCCCCAACCGCCGCUCCGGGCGGUGGCGACCCCAGCCCGGCCGCCGCCUUCCCCUGUCCCGGCGACGCGGAGCGGAGCGGGCAGCGGGGACGGUGCGGGUCCCUGUGGGAUUGACGCGGAGGCGGCGGGGGUCGAGAGCGUGAGGCUGCCCGCACCCUCGGCCCCUGCGCCUCCUGCCGCCGCCGCCGCGGUCCCUCCCCGUCACCUCCGAAAGGGGAAUUUUCCAGCUGGAGCGCAGCCCGGGGGCGUCCUAGCGCCCCCCGCCCCCAGCUCCCGCGCCCCCAGCCGCAGCCGCCCCGCCGCGCCCGAGCCGCCCGCGCGCCGAGUUUGCCAAGAGUCGGAACUGCGGGAGGCGGGCGCGCAGGGCUCCUUGAGCCCCGGCCCGGCCUCGGGGGGUCAUUGUCUCCCCCCAAAGCCGGACACCGGCCCCUGGCCGCGCCUCCAUUUUCUUGACCGGCUGAAUAGGGGCGCCGGGCCAGUGUGCGAGAAGGCGAGGGUGCGCGGAGCUGGGCCGGGGUGCGCGGAGCGGGGUCCGCGGUGA